AAAUUAAAUGAAUCGAAAAAUAAAAAGUGAAAGGCAUAUUUGGGUGGUUUUAGGUUUUGACCGCAAUUCUUCUGCCUGCGGUGCAAGAAAAUCCUCGUGGAGGCAGAGGAUUGUACCUCGAAUAUGGUCUGGAAUAGAAUUGGAUCCGUGAACCGCCUCCUCCCUGCCAACUGCGCGCACAAGUCAUAGUAGAAAGUGCAGCACCGUCUUUUACAGCUUAUGCCUUGUUCUUCCGUAAAUGUUCGUAGAUUUUUCUUCUCAUCUUCCAAUUCCAGUUUCCUUCCCAUUUUAGCCAAACAUGGCAGAUAAUCAAGAACCAAUUUUGAAUAAGGAUGUAAAUACUACUGCAAACUCACUACUGCUGAAACUCAAGAACUGGCAGUGGUGGCUGGUGGUGGCAAUCAAUAUUUUCUUCCUUGUUGUAGGCCAAUCUGCUGCUGUUCUUCUGGGUCGACUUUAUUAUGACAAAGGUGGAAAUAGUAAAUGGAUGGCAACUCUUGUUCAGACUGUUGCCUUCCCAAUUCUUUACAUCCCUCUGUUUUUACUUUCUUCCUCCCAAGAGUCUUCAACCUCUGCCACCUUGCCGUCCAUUAGAACUCUUGCCUUGAUCUAUUUCUUUCUUGGAGUACUUAUAGCUGGUGAUAACAUGCUGUAUUCUACUGGAUUAUUGUAUCUCUCUGCCUCUACAUAUUCUCUCAUUUGUGCAUCCCAGUUAGCUUUCAACGCUGUUUUCUCAUACUUUAUCAAUUCUCAGAAGUUCACUUCCUUAAUUCUUAACUCUGUAGUUGUGCUUUCAUUUUCUGCGGCACUUAUUGCAGUCAAUGAUGACUCAGAUGGUCCGGCAGGAGUCUCUAAGUGGAAAUACAUCAUUGGCUUCCUUUGCACUCUCGGUGCUUCAGCAAUAUACUCUCUUCUGCUUUCACUCAUGCAAUUGUUCUUCCAAAAGAUUAUUAAAAAGGAAACAUUUUCUGUGGUAUUAGAAAUGCAAAUUUACACAUCGCUUGUUGCUACUUGUGUUUCUGUCAUCGGGCUUUUUGGCAGCGGGGAAUGGAAGACUUUGCAUGCAGAAAUGGAGGGUUUUGGUUAUGGAAGAGUGUCUUACAUUAUGACCCUGUUUUGGACAGCAGUGAGCUGGCAGGUUUGUUCUGUUGGUGUUGUAGGAUUGAUUUUAUUGGUAUCUUCUCUGUUCUCCAAUGUAAUAAGUACUCUUGCCUUGGCUGUAUCACCUAUUGCUGCUGUGUUGGUAUUCCAUGACAAGAUGAAUGGUCUGAAGAUAAUCGCGUUGCUUAUGGCUUUUUGGGGCUUUGGCUGUUAUACCUACCAGAAUUAUCUUGAUGAUUCUCAGGCGAGGAGAGCACAACAUGAUGCUAAUGAGACACAUCGUGAUUCUUUAUGUUGAUAACUUAGAAAUUGGUAUCAAUACCCUUUGUGAUUCUUUGUUGAGGUCUUCGGUAAUAAUUUGCCGCAUGUUUUGAACUGGUAAUGCUGCCAUAGGCUACCAGUUUAUUUGUUUUGUUAAGACCCGUUUUAUUUAUAAGGUACGUUAGGCCUCAAUUUGAUGAGUCUGUUGCCCAAUUACAGUACAGACAAUCAUAACUUGGAUGUCGUCACAUGAAGUGACUAAUACUUUGUGAUAUUGUAUGAGUUGGAUCUUAGAACUUGAGUUUAUCCUUUUGAUUGUAUGUGAAUAGAACAUUUGGUUAAAUAUUGGGAUUAAAAACUGAUGAUCAGAAAUGUGCGGAUGAAAGCUUCGUUUUGGCUUGGAGCAUGCUCCUGUUGCUUAAGGCCUAAAGCUGAUCGAUAAGAAAUGUGGGGCUGUGUAAUACGAGAAAGCCAUUCUAGAAACUAAACGUCCACAGCUUGAACAAAUUCAGAAUCCAAGGCAAGUGAAGUAUGUUACUGGCAGAAGUCUGCUAGUUUGCCAGUUAAAUGUCAUGUCUGUCUUGUAUUCAGACAAAGGGGCAACGGCAAAACCGCAAAAGUUUCAGGUAAUAUGGGACAAAAUUUCUUUGAGCGUGUACGGUGAAUCUGCAAACUACGCCUGAUGGAGGAAUUAUUAAAGCCUGUUGGGGUUGAAAAGGAAAAUACCUUUUUAUUUGUGAAACUGAAGAGUAAAGACAAGCAGUCACAUGAUUGCUACUUAAACGUUGAAACGGCAUUUCCUUGUAAGCUUCUUUACAUUUAAGUUUGGAUAUCUAGAUUAUUUUUUUCCA